AUGAGAUAUGAAUGCAAUGAACCAACAAAAUGUCGUAUAUGUCUUGAUAAAUAUGAAGAAAAUGUUAAGCACCGAUGUCAAGGAUCACCAAAGUGUGCACAAUGUGACAAAGAUCACUGGUCAUUAGAUAAUAAAUGUGAAAUCAUUCGUCAAUAUCGACAAGAUCUUAAAUCUGCAGUUGAAGCGGCAGUGACAAACGGGAAACUGCAACGAAUUUCCACACGUGAUAUAAAAAAACCCUUCAUAAACAAAGUCGAGGACUUUCCAGUUCUUGUGCAUUCCACGCAGGAACAGAUACCACCUGCAUGGAAUAUCCAGAAAAAAGAAAAUAUCGAACUGUUGAACGAACUUCAAAAGAUUAAUGGAUCUAUGAAUGGUAUACGUGAUGACAUUGAAACACUUGGAAAAAAAUUAAUCGAAGAGAACGAUAAACGAUUAGCUCAAGAUAAAUUAAUCCAUCAACAACAACAAAAUAUUGUACUAGUUAUCAAUCAAUUUCAAAUUAUUAUCAAAUCAUUAACAGAAGCUCUGCCUGAACUUGAUAAUAAGGUUAAAAAAAAGAUAGAGAAGCAAGUGAAAACAUUAACUGACAUUGGGAAGAAAAUUUCAUCAAAUGAAGUCAUUAUUCAUUCCAAAGAACAAACAUCACCGCAUCAAAUUCAAACAAAUACAGAAAUAACAUCAUCAACAACAACUGAUAUUGGUAGAGGUAAUGAAAAUGAAAAAUUAAAUAUGUCAAUAGAGACAAUCAAUAAUGACUAA